AAGAGUCAAGAGAAGAGGAAUUGUCGCUGUUGUGUUUUUUCGAAGGUAGCAGAGGCGACCCACUGCUCUCUAGUGAGAAGAAGUCGCCAUCGCCAUUUCUCUCUCCAUCUCAUGAAGAAGAAGAACCAGCUUCAGGUUAUCUCUUUCGUUUUUCAGAUUCGCUUGGCACAGAGCUCCCAUCUUUCUAUAUUUUUUCCCGACAAAUCCGAUUUCUUUUCUGGUGGUCAGUCCAUGAAGGCAAUGGAAGGAACCUCCCCAAUGAUGACAGGAUGCAGCAAAAAACCAACACAACAGUCAGUCUUUGUCAUUGCUGGAACGCUAGGAAUCCCAAUUAAACUCCUAUUAGGGUUCUCUCUGUUUGGCAGAUUGAUGUUGAGGGAAGCGCUUCAUCGUAAUGCCUCUUGAGAAGAUGCAUCGUCGUGGUGGGUUGUUGGUGAGUGGGGGUUCUGUUCAGGCUAUCACUACCAAGCAAUUGCAGUUUGGAUUGGGGUCAAACCGUCACUAGCCUAUUCCUUAGACGCCCAUCUAACCCUUCAUGAUAUGCAUCAAUCCGAGUAAUGCCUGUGUGCUUUUUUGUACGACUAUUUUGCUGGUUUUAAGAUGAGAAUUAAACAAGUAUAAGAGGGUGCUUUAUGCUUCUGUUGCUGAGCCAUCUCAAUGGUCACUUGCUGGAUGCAUCCAGGCGUAUAGAGUGGUGGAGAUGACUAUGUUGUUCAGUUAUAUGUUGUGGUCUCGUGUGUCAAUCAACUGAAGGCUGCAAUGUUUGACACGGAUCGAAGAAAGUGUUGGAAACCACACUUACAACAGUGUUUAUUCAGAAGCUUUCGAAAAACUAGAAGCCACCAUCUGGUCCUUCUAUCACCAAUGCAAGGAUUCUUGAAGAUGUGAUGUUGCUGGAUGGAAUAGGUGACAACGAAGGCCGUCCUCUGUUCAACGUACAUGCAAUGUAAGUACCUGGUC